AUGGAUAUCGCGACUGUCGCUCCGCCCUGGGUGGACUCGUCUUCUUCUGCUUUCGCGAAACAAACUCCAGACUACUUUGCUACAGCUGUCGGCGUUCGGCCCAAGAAGGUCCUCCUCCAGUAUGGCCCUACCGGUCGCAGCCUCGGCAGUGCUACCAUCAUUUUCAACAAGCAUGAGCAAGCCGUCAAGGCCACGUCGGCGCUCAACGGCGUCAAGAUCGAUGGUCGCCCUAUCCGAGUGGAGAUGCUCGUGAGCGCAGCAAACCUCGGAGCUGCCGCUGCCCAGCCUUCUCUCGCUGAACGCGUCACCCAACCCAAGAAGGACAAGCCUAAGCCUGCAAAUGCCGCGAAGACGGCCCCUGCUGCCGCUGGGAAAGGUCGUGGCCGUGGUGGACGUGCUGAAGCCCGUGGUGGACGUGGUGGCCGUAACCCCCGUGAGCGCACCAAGAAGAAGACCGUCGAGGAAUUGGACGCCGAGAUGGCCGACUACUUCCCUGCAGGCGAAGGUAGCACGGAUGUUGUAGCCGCCGGCGGCGCAGAGGUUGUUCAGACGACAACGGCCGUUGGUGACACCGCCAUGGAUGACGAGAUGCUCUGA